AUGUUCGCCGACUGCUCAACACGAAGACACCCAAACGACUGGCUGUUGACGGUAGGGUCCGUCGGAUAUUCAACAUUCAGUAGUGGUGGGGGGAGGACCAAUAGGGAGCUGGCGGCGUCGCGCGGUUUGUCGUCGAUAUUUAAAACACAGCUCAGAUCCUCACAGUACGAGGAACUGAGCAAGAGUGAAGCUUUAUCCAGUGCCUACGAGUCCCACACGACGUCGUCUUUAGUUGCAAUUUCCGCCGCUCAGGUCGCAGCACUGUACGAGAUCGUAGUCGACAAUGGAAUAGAUGUCAACACAAUCACAUCGUCUGACGAACCGCCACGACGCGCCGUCUGGUUCGAGGAAGACCGGAGAAGUAUGUACGAGAUAGCGCCACUAGGAAUAUUCCGAGCAAUUAAAAUAGUUGAAAAGAUUGCCGAGAUUUGCUUCAGCCAACAGCCAGACAACCAACAGCCGAACAACCAACAUCCAACAACCAACAAACAAACAGCCAAACGGUCAAACAACCAACAGGCAAACAACCGUCAGCCAGACAACCAACAGCCGAACAACCAACAUCCAAAAACCAACAAACAAACAGCUAGACGGUCAAACAACCAACAGCCAAACAACCGUCAGCCGAACAACCAACAGCCGAACAACCAACAUCCAAAAACAAACAAACAAACAGCCAAACGGUCAAACAACCAACAGCCAAACAACCGUCAGCCGAACAACCAACAGCCGAACAAACAACAUCCAAAAACCAACAAACAAACAGCCAAACGGUCAAACAACCAACAGCCAAACAACCAACAGCCAAACAACCAACAGCCGAACAACCAACAUCCAAAAACCAACAAACAAACAGCUAAACGGUCAAACAACCAACAGCCAAACAACCGUCAGCCAGACAGCCAACAGCCAGACAACCAACAGCCGAACAACCAACAUCCAACAACCAACAAACAAACAGCUAAACGGCCAAACAACCAACAGCCAAACAACCAACAGCCGAACAACCAACAGCCGAACAACCAACAUCCAAAAACCAACAAACAAACAGCCAAACGGUCAAACAACCAACAGCCAAACAACCGUCAGCCAGACAACCAACAGCCAAACAACCAACAGCCUACAACUAACAACCACCACCCAAACUACCAACAGCAACAGCCAGACAUCCACAGGGCCGGACUUAGGACUUCAGAGGCCCCGGGCGAAUUUCCCGAUGGGGCCCCCAGUAUGAUUAUACGAGAACAUAUACGACAUUACGAGCAAAACAAGUCUACACACAACACGAAUCGCUCAGCGACUGCGACUCUGUCUGCCCUCAGAGCAGACCCGCUACAGUCGCUGGGUUCAGCCGCUAGCCGCUCCAGUCGCAGUCGCGUCAAGGACAAUGGUCCCAUUUGA